CAAAAGCUAAUAGAAACUAGGGUUAGGGUUUUUUCCAAGUUGAUUCGUGCAAUCAGCUUCGAUCGAUUGAUUCUUUCAAACACGAGGCUGAAACGUAAUCUGUGAAUCAAUGGCGACACAAAAGCGGAAACCAGUGUUCGUGAAGGUUGAUCAACUGAAACCUGGAACAAAUGGACACACUCUGACUGUGAAGGUGGUUAAUUCUUCUCCGGUGAAGACUGUCCCUAACCGCGGUGGUCGAUCGUCUCUGAUAGCUUCUCGCCCAACGCGUAUCGCUGAAUGCCUUGUUGGAGAUGAAACUGGAAGCAUAAUCUUCACCGCUCGCAAUGAACAGGUGGACCUCAUGAACCCUGGUGCAACUAUAAUUCUGCGUAAUGCCAAGAUUGACAUGUUCAAGGGAUCGAUGAGGCUGGCAGUUGAUAAGUGGGGACGUAUAGAGGUCACAGAACCUGCAAAUUUUGAAGUUAGAGAGGAUAACAAUCUUUCAUUGAUUGAAUAUGAAUUGGUCAAUGUCGUUGAGGAGUGAUUUUAGCUUCUGAAGUAAAUCUUUCGAAUUUCAAGGGGUUCCAAUUUUUUUAGUUUGACCAUUGAACAAUUGACUGCUGUGCAGAUUCUUAUAUGGUACAGUCUUUCUUAUUUAGUCUUAACAUUGCUGUGGUUAAUGCUAAGAUUUUCAUUUUAGGUAA